GCUCACCGAUAAGCCGACACUGGACACGCACUCCGUAUUACGAGCCUGAGUCGAAGUCAACUGCUGUCGUGAUAUCCAAUGUCUUGAAAUUUCCUUCACAGCGGUAUUCUGAGUAAAACUACCAGUCUACAUCCAACCAAAAUGUCCCAACCCCCUACCAUCCUCAUAACAGCCGGUCCCCACCAAUUUCUCGCCCUUUUCGAGCCCUCCGCCCCCCAAACUAUCUCCGCCUUCCAAAAACUCCUCCCCUACAGGCAAAAGCUCAUCCACGUGCGAUGGUCCGGCGAAGGCCUCUGGGUUCCCCUCGGAGAUAAGGACUUCGGGGUCCCGUUUGAGAACCACACGAGUCACCCAUCAGCAGGCCAGAUUUUGCUUUACCCAGGCGGGUUUUCGGAGACGGAGUUGCUGUUUUGCUAUGGGGGUGUGGCUUUUGCGAGCAAGAUGGGGCCAUUGGCGGCGAAUCAUUUCUUGACGAUUGUGGAGGGGGGUGAGGAAUUGAAGGAGUUGGGGACGAGGGUGCUGUGGGAGGGGGCGCAGGACGUGGUUUUUGAGGUUGCGGAUGAGGAGAGGGUUCAGAAAUUCCGCGAAAAUCGUGCUAGUCGCGGUGGUGCGCCUACUCGUUCUAAGCUAUAA